AUGAGGGCGCCCAUGAAAGCACCUUCUACUUGGGGUAGUACAGCUCGUCGUCUCGCAUAUCAUAGAGGCGCAAUCUCUCAAAUUCCCCUGGCGAGCACGUUAGUCGCAGCACCAAUAAGGCUCUACCAGCAAUAUUUAUCCGGAGGAAAGCCAUUUAGUUCGUCUACGUUUAGGCUACAGGAGCAGUCUCAGCCUAUCAAUAUGGGCUCUCAGAUGAAGAAUCUAGAUGGCCUCAAGGAGCAUCUCACUCAUGAUAAACUUGACGAGCUACGCAGUUUCUGGUUUGAGCAUAUCCCUGAGGAGGCCAACCGUAUCAUCGCUCCUGGAGAACUGCAAAAGAGAUGGUUCUUCUCAGACAAAGAGUUCGACGAUGUCUGCGUCACUCGAUUCAGCCCUGUACUAGAAGCCAUCCGCAACGCAGGAGUCACAUCCGCGCAAGAGCUUCUGUCCGUUGCGAAGCCUCGGAACUCGCUAGACUGGUUGAGUCUCAUCAUUCUGCUCGACCAAAUCCCACGCAACUCAUAUCGUGGGGACAAGUCAUCAAUCUGCUUCAAUUACUUCGACCCUAUCGCGCAGCAAGUAUCCCUCGAAGCCAUCAAGCAGGGCAUCCCAGAUAAGGCACCCGAGAUCCGCUGGGUCUUCUCCCACCGCAACUGGUUCUACAUGCCCUUGAUGCACUCAGAAGAUAUAUCUGCGCACGAAAAGGCUGUCGCUGCUUUUGAGCAGAUGAACCAGGAUAUACUGAGCUUGAUGGAGGGAACAGGCGGUGCAGAUGAGUACGAGAGGAAAGCAAGAGAAGUAGUGCAGGCGGAUCCUGAAGCAGCAAAGGCAGUUGGUGAGACGAACAAAGUAUUCGAGGAGAAGCAUAUAGUGAUUAUCAAAAGGUUUGGGAGAUAUCCUCAUAGAAACAAGGCGCUUGGGAGGGAGGCGACGCCAGCCGAGGUGGAGUUUCUUGAGAGUGGAGGUGAUACCUUUGGUAGCUGA